CACCAUGUCGGAGAGAAAAGCUGUCAUCAAGAAUGCUGACAUGAGCGAGGAAUUGCAGCAAGAUGCUGUCGAGUGCGCCACUCAAGCCAUGGAGAAGUACAACAUUGAGAAGGACAUCGCUGCAUACAUCAAGAAGGAGUUCGACAAGAAGUUCAACCCCACAUGGCAUUGUAUUGUCGGUCGCAACUUUGGCAGCUACGUCACCCACGAGACCAAGCACUUCAUCUACUUCUAUCUUGGACAGGUGGCUAUUCUCCUCUUCAAAUCAGGUAACGUAAUGUUUUGUCUUUUGUAUUUCAGAAUCAUGACUGAGAGAAAAGCUGUCAUCAAGAAUGCUGACAUGAGCGAGGACAUGCAGCAGGAUGCUGUAGACUGCUCCACAGCAGCCCUCGAGAAGUACAACAUUGAGAAGGACAUCGCUGCAUACAUCAAGAAGGAGUUCGACAAGAAGUACAACCCCACAUGGCAUUGUAUUGUCGGUCGCAACUUUGGCAGCUACGUCACCCACGAGACCAAGCACUUCAUCUACUUCUAUCUGGGACAGGUGGCUGUUCUCCUCUUCAAAUCAGGAUAACCUGUGUCUCCUACGGGUUUCCAUGACUACAAGUACAACAUGUCUUCUGACAUCUCCUUGUAUGUAGUCAACCCAGACUUACCCGGAGAGUUGACAUUACCUUAAGAAAGCAAUGCUUCUGAAUAGAGUAGAAAAGGCAUAGAAUGAAUACAACCGUCCGAAGUAUUAAACAGAUCUGGCAAUGUGGAGAUCCUGCAAUUUGGCUGAUCAACAUCCUGUGGUUUAACACACAAUGUGUGGCUGUACAUGGAUAUAAAAAGAUGCAUCAGAACUCUGGAACCGGAUUCCCGUGUACUGUGCGGUACCCUUGACUAUUAUGUGGUACCCUUGAGGUGCAAGACAAGAACAGCUUUAACGUCAUUGAUAUAUUUUGUCACGUUUCAUAUUUAUCUCAACUGCCACUGAUCAUUUUUAAUGAUUUAGAGACUUUGACAGAAGGAAUGAAUAUUUGUGAAUUCCACAGUUUUUUUCUGUUACAAUAUUCAGAGUCGGUCUGAGGUGAGACCGCAACAUUUGGAUGAUAUAUGAAUAUAUUUGAGGGCAUUUUUGUCUUUUAUAUUAUUUAUUAUUUACCUUGUUAUGUGGACCAAUAAAUAAUGCG